CACGAGAGCGCUCGCCCACCGUCUCGUCUCUUUUCUUCCUCCCACACGCACGCUCGUUCCUCUCUCUCCCACCACCACCUCUGCUCGCGUUUCGUAUCACCACAAAUCCACCAUGUGUGGCAUCUUCGCCGUGCUCGGGUGCGCCGACUGCUCCCAGGCCCAGAGGGCUCGCGUCCUCGCGUGCUCCCGCAGGCUGAAGCACAGGGGUCCUGACUGGUCGGGGCUGUACCAGCACGAGGGCAACUUCCUCGCCCAUCAGCGGCUCUCCGUCGUCUCCCCGCUGUCCGGCGACCAGCCGCUCUUCAACGAGGACCGCACCGUGGUCGUCGUGGCCAAUGGAGAGAUUUACAACCACAAGAAGAUCAGGAAGCAGUUCACCGGCAAGCACACCUUUACCACCGGCAGUGACUGCGAGGUCAUCAUCGCUCUGUACGAGGAGUACGGCGAGAACUUUGUCGACAUGCUGGACGGCGUGUUCGCCUUCGUGCUCUACGACACCCGCAACAAGACGUUCAUGGCGGCGCGCGACGCCAUCGGCGUCAACCCCCUCUACAUCGGCUGGGGCGGCGACGGUUCCGUCUGGUUCUCCUCCGAGAUGAAGGCGCUGAACGAGGACUGCGUCCGGUUCGAGCUCUUCCCGCCGGGGCACCUCUACUCCAGCGCCGCCGCCGAGUUCCGGCGCUGGUACAACCCGCGCUGGUUCCUCGAGCAGGUGCCGGCGGCGCCGUACGACCCGCUCGUGCUCAGAGCGGCCUUCGAGAAGGCGGUUAUCAAGAGGCUCAUGACCGACGCGCCCUUCGGAGUCCUCCUCUCCGGCGGCCUCGACUCCUCUCUCGUCGCCUCAGUGACCAAGCGCCACCUCGUCGAGACCGAGGCUGCCAAAAAGUUCGGCACCGAGCUCCACUCCUUCGUCGUCGGCCUCGAGGGAUCCCCGGACCUGAAGGCCGCCAGGGAGGUCGCUGACUACCUCGGAACCAUCCACCACGAGUUCUAUUUCACCGUACAGGACGGAAUCGACGCGAUCGAGGAGGUGAUCUACCACGACGAGACCUACGACGUGACGACGAUCCGGGCGAGCACGCCCAUGUUCCUGAUGGCACGCAAGAUCAAGUCGCUGGGCGUCAAGAUGGUGCUGUCCGGGGAAGGCUCCGACGAGCUCCUGGGCGGAUACCUCUACUUCCACUUCGCGCCCAACAAGGAGGAGUUCCACAAGGAGACCUGCCGCAAGGUGAAGGCACUCCACCAGUACGACUGCUUGCGUGCCAACAAGGCGACCUCGGCAUGGGGCCUGGAGAUCCGCGUGCCGUUCCUCGACAAGGAGUUCGUCGACGUCGCCAUGGGCAUGGACCCUGAGUGGAAAAUGUACGACAAGGAUCUGGGUCGGAUCGAGAAGUGGGUCAUGAGGAAGGCGUUCGAAGACGAGGAGAACCCUUACCUGCCAAAGCAUAUUCUCUACAGGCAGAAGGAGCAGUUCAGUGACGGCGUUGGCUACAGCUGGAUCGAUGGCCUCAAGGCCUUCACUGAGCAGCAGGUCACCGAUGAAAUGAUGAUCAACGCUGCCAAAAUGUACCCCUACAACACGCCUGUCAACAAGGAGGCCUACUACUACCGGAUGAUCUUUGAGAGGCUCUUCCCUCAGGACUCGGCGAGGGAGACGGUGCCGUGGGGCCCGAGCAUCGCGUGCAGCACGCCCGCGGCCAUCGAGUGGGUGGAGCAGUGGAAGGCCUCAAACGACCCCUCCGGCCGGUUCAUCUCCUCCCACGACGCCGCCGCCACCACCACCGCCGACCAAACCGCCGGUGCCGCGCACGCCAACGGCAACGGGGUUGCGCCCGUAGCGAACGGCCACGCCGCGGCGAACGGCGCGGUCAACGGCACAGAGGUCGCGGUCGCGAUCGCGGCGUGACAAUAACAAACGAUAAGCUGAAGGAUAAGGACGACUAGUAGGUACACGGUGUGUGGCGUGUCGACCGGGCGCCGAUGCCAUGGCAUGGUGCGGUAGCACACGUGCUGCUAUUGUUUUUACGUUGCUGUUGUACUGUCGCUAGCGUACGUGUCCUUGUAUGUGUAAUGUGUACUGUGUACGUGUACGUGUGUGAGCGAGCGAUUCAGGCAUGCAUGUGUGUGCCGGGAUUGAUGUCCUUGAACUCGAUCCUUUUAAAGACUUGAGCUACGGAUCAAUCUAAAAGUAAGCAUUUUCCUUACUUAA